GCUGGCUGGGAAGGAGUACUAGAUCUCUUUACCAGAGUAUCAGCAAGCACCUCUCCUGCACUACUACCACCACUAACCUCCACCCGAGCACCAUGUCUUUCGCCAACAGACAGAGCAGCUUCAGCACCCGCUCCGCGGUCCCCAACGCCGGCUUCAGCCAAAUGCGCAUCAGCUCAACUCGCUCCUCCAGCGGAGGCGCCGGGUUCGGAAGAUCAGGCGCUAAUUUCAGCAGCUCCAGCCUGUCCAACCUGGGGAGCGUGAAAAGGAGCGUCUCCUACGGCGUGAGCAGCGGCCGCUCCGGUGGCUCUGGAUUCGGUGGCUCUGGAUUCGGUGGCUCUGGAUUCGGUGGCGCUGGAUUCGGUGGCGCUGGAUUCGGUGGCGCAGGAUUCGGUGGUGGAGUUUCCUAUUCCGGACCUGGAAUCCAGGAGGUGACCAUUAACCAGAGCCUGCUGUCUCCUCUCAACCUGGAGAUUGAUCCCACCAUUCAAACUGUCAGACAGGAGGAGAGGGAGCAGAUCAAGACCCUGAACAACAAGUUCGCCUCAUUCAUUGACAAGGUCAGGUUCCUGGAACAACAAAACAGAGUUCUGGAGACCAAAUGGGAACUCCUUCAGAACCAGAAAUCGGCCAAGGCCAGCAACAUUGGCCCCUUGUUCGAUGCUUACAUUUCCAACCUGAGAAGGCAGCUGGAUUCUCUGACCUCCGAUAAGGGCAAACUGGAGGGAGAGCUCAGGAACAUGCAGGAUCUGGUCGAGGACUUCAAGAAUAAGUACGAGGAUGAGAUCAACAAACGCACUGGCGCUGAGAACGAAUUUGUUAUUCUGAAGAAGGAUGUGGAUUCUGCUUACAUGAAUAAAGUAGAGCUGGAAGCCAAGAUGGAAGGUCUGACAGAUGAGAUCAACUUCUUGAGGGCCCUGUAUGAAGCUGAACUCCGUGAGAUGCAGGAACAGAUCUCUGACACUUCAGUUGUCCUAUCCAUGGACAACAACAGAGCUCUGGACAUGGACAGCAUCAUUGCUGAAGUCAAGGCUCAGUAUGAAGAAAUUGCCAAUAAGAGCCGUGCCAAUGCAGAGGCCACAUACCAGAGUAAGUUCCAGGAAUUGCAGGCCACCGCUGGCCAACACGGUAAUGACUUGCGCGCCACCAAGACUGAGAUUUCUGAACUGAACCGUGCUAUGCAGAGGCUUCAGGCUGAAAUUGAGAGCGUAAAGGCUCAGAGAGCUAAGCUUGAAGCACAGAUUGCUGAGGCAGAGGAACGUGGAGAGCUGGCAUUGAAGGAUGCCAGGAACAAGCUCGCUGAACUGGAGGCUGCUCUGCAGAAGGCCAAGCAAGACAUGAAUCGCCAGCUGCGCGAUUACCAGGAACUGAUGAAUGUGAAACUGUCCCUUGAUAUUGAGAUCGCCACCUACAGGAAACUGCUGGAAGGAGAAGAGACCAGAAUUUCUGACGGACCCGGACCAGUUAGUGUAUCUGUGGUGAACUCAACCUCCAGCAGCAUGGGCGGCAGCAGUGGAUUCGGUGCUGGAUACUCAGGCAGCAGCAGUGGAUUCGGUGCUGGAUACUCAGGUGGCAGCUCUUUUGGAGCUGGAGGCUUUGGAAACAGCUCCGUCAAGUUCGGCAGCGGUGGAAGCUCCGGCGUGAAAUCUUACUCCAUGUCAACAACUUCCUCCAGCAGAAGCUUUAGGCAAUAAGAUGUGCAGCCGAAAGGGUGUCCCCUGUGUAUUGAUGGUAGGAGCACUAGCCAUAGCCCUCAAAUAAUCCAAACAAGCAAUGUUUACAAUGUGGAGGUGUUGGUAAGGGUAUGAACACUUAAGACUUAGUGGGUUAUACCCUUAUAGAUAUCUCUUGGUGACACCCUUCCAAGUGUGUAAUCAAGCACCUGCAUUUUGCUGUUUGUUGUUAUUUGGAGGAUAUGGCAGAAAUCUAGAAAGCAGUUCCUUGUUCUCUACCCGUGUCUCCUUGCAACUUUCUUCUUUACUGCUCCCCUUUCUACCGGUGGGACUGGCUCUAACCGUGUGUUGAAGCUCCGGGUCCUAUUCACCAUAAGUCUGGGCAUGUUUUUACAGUAACGCCUGCUGCAAGUUACAUUGCUCAUGCCUGUAUUAAAACAAAUACACAAAAAAUAGCAGUAUUUCUGGGCAGAUUUUUGUUUUGUUUUGUUUUUCCCUUAAAAGAGACUUGAUAUGUAAAAUAAGAGAUAAGUACUGUGCUAAUAUCCCUCAGAAAAAAUAGUAGUAAGUCUCUGAUUAAAAUCUGGCAGUUUUGGAUGGGAAAACAAAAGAACACCAAUGCCUUAAUGUUUGUUUGCAGUUGUAAAACACCCAGUAUAUGGAACGUUUCAUGUUUGUAGUUAUCACUGUUUAGAUAUGGUCUGUGUGUUAUUGGUGGAAAUCUGAAUUCUGUGGGAGGGAUUUUAUGUUUGGUGAGAAACACAAGCAACUCCAAUAAAACGCCUUCAUUCUAA